AAUUCAACUUCUUACCGAUUUCACCAAUUGUUGGCAUAUGAUAUUUUUCGAAAUAUCUCAUGAAUGAUGACGACCAUUGUUCUUUUGCUAUUUCAUAAGCUAAAAACAAAAGAAUUUUAUCCGUAAAUAUUCAUAUAUAUUUUCAAUGCGCUAAUACUCGAUGAAAAAGGGAGCAGAACAAGAUGACACAUCCGGAGAGUAGGCAUGCACCGAUUCGAUAAUACCGACACUUUACAGUUUUAGUAUAAUACCAAAAAUAUUUUAGGCACUGUAGUUGACUGUGGGUGUGCACCAGUUACAGCUAUUUUUCCACUUUUUUCCACUUUUUUCCACUUAACUGUAGCUGUUAUGACCAAAAAAGACUGGUUAGCAUACUAAUAAAUGGGUAAAGACUUAAUUAGCGUUUAUCUCAACAGGAAAGCAUUUUUUAGUCGUCUUGAGAACAAAAAGCGCAAAGAGUUCAAUUCCGUGUCUCUGCGUCGAUCAAUAUCUCUGUAGAAACCGAGAAAAUUAAGCUAAAAACAUUGCAUUUUAACCUCCGUUGUGUAACCAGUCAAGAAAUAAUUCCUUCAGAUGGGUCGACACAUCCGAAUAGAACAACUUGACUCAUCCUGCAAAAAAUAUUUUCUUGAUCAUUAUAUCAUCCAGAAAAAGUUUUACAGGAUCAGUCAAUUUAGCCUUCGAAAAUGAGUCAAGGAAAUUUUCUAACUCAAGGAAAAGAUUCUCAUCGUUAUCGAACAAGGUUUGAUUUGACCUUGAGAAUGGGCUUUGGGUGCCAAAAGUGUGCGUUUUGGAUAUCUUGCCUACAGUUUCUCUGCUGGGAAGCAUUUUAGCGGAAAUGUGAGUGUAGAAAUAGCUAAAUUUCUUAAGGUCAGUCUUUAAAAUUGAAAAUACUCAGACGCUGCACUGCGAAGAAAAGGCGCUCAAAUUUUGACGCUACUAUCUCUUUUCUUCUAAGCCAGAAGAUACUGUUCAGACAAUCUUCAACUCAUAGAACAUCGACACCUUCACAUAUGAAAUCGAAUUGAAGUGUCAAAAAUCGAAAAAAUAAAGAUUUUCAGGCCGAUUUUUCAGAGUCCCCGAAGGCAAAAUCAUUCAGAACUUAAAGUUUCGCUCGGAGGAAACAUUUUUAAAGGACAACUGUGAGAACAAAAAUUAUCCAGUCUCAAAUUCUAGACCGGCUCACGAAUGAAAAUUUUAAAAUUGUUUAUUGUUCCAACAUGUGCGGCACAAUGCGAAUUAUAAAAGAAUCUGGAUUUUAAUUCUUUUUAUAAGUUAUAAAAACAGUAAUUUUGAUUUUUUUUUUGAUAUUUUUGAUGAUUAGAUCCUCGGAUGAAAAACCUAUCGCGAUGAGCCGAUUCAUCCUUUAGUACAAACCAACUGGUCUUGUUUCCCAGUUUUCGCUCGCGGUUCUAAUCGCCCAAAAUAUUUCUGCUUGAAACGAUUUGGCUCAUCCUCAAGGAAUUUUUUCGAUGCGCUAAAUCCGACGAAAAGAAGAAGCAGGACGAGUUUAUUGUUGGAAACUGUAGGCUGCUGACGGUACAAAACGAAAGAUCAUAUUUUGCUGGGAUCUCGCGCAAAUUUAGGUGUCCAAAAUGGUGAUGCGGAUAAAAAUAAAUAUGCAAAAUUAAAAGGCGACAAUCGUGAAUUUUAUCGGUUUCUUGAACAUGGUGAAUUAAAAUUAAAACUGGUCGUUAAUGAACCACCUAAAUCAGCUAAACGUGAUUCAUCGGCAAAUGAACAAGAUGAAAAACAUCCAAAAAAUAAUCAGAAAAAACCUGGCACAUAUAUUCGUUUGAAGCAGCAGCAAGUAGGUAUGUUACAAACCCAAACCCAAACCCAAGCGACUUGGGAGUAUUGGGUUUGGGUUUGGGUACCCAAGUCUAAGACUUGGGUUUGGGUCAGUUGCCAAAGUACAUUAAUAUUCUUCUUCAAUAAAACUUAGCAGUAGUACCUUACGCUCUUCUGCCAUACUAUUCAUUUAUCUUUUUCUCUUCAUCGUCGG